GUUCACGCCUUUCACCUACCAUUCGGUGUGGUCGGUAUAACACUUCAAGAUGUUGAAGUGUUAUUUGGAUUAAAGGUGGAUGGUCUAGCUGUUACGGUAGGACAGCAACGGACUAAACAACAAUGGCAGUUUAUGUGCGACCAAUUGUUGCGUUUCUCUCCUAACACUACAGAUUUUCGAGGCCAAAAAAAUAAGUAUGACGCUGCUUCCGGACAUUCCCCGGUUGACAGAUGCGAGCACAGAUGAUGAUGUCGCGUUUGCAACGCGCGCGUAUUUAAUACGCGUGCUAGGGGGGUUUCUUUUUCCAGACACGUCAAAGAGCUUGUUAAAUCUUAACUUGCUGCCGUAUCUGGAAGAUUUUGAGGACUGUGGUCAGUACAGCUGGGGAUCAGCUGUUUUGGCCUUUCUGUAUAGAGCUCUGUGCAAUGCUUCUGAGCACGCCAAAUCUCAUGUGUGCGGGUGUCUACUCCUUUUGCAAAUUUGGGCGUGGGAGAGGCUGCCAAUGGUACGACCUGAGGGCUUUUUACCCGCACAUGACGGACAAGACUUGCCACUUGCAUCACGGUGGGGAGGACCACAUGAUUGGGCAACUGUACCGAACCACGUGGUUCGUGCAUAUCGCGACCAAUUAGAUCGCGUCCAAACUGAUAGUUUUGUCUUCCAACCCUACCGUCUUCUUUUGCACCGCUUGCCCGAUUAUUGCAGAGCUGGGGAGGAUAUAUGGACUGCAGAAGUUCCGUUGAUUUUCGGUUAUGUAGUUGAAGAGUAUUUCCCCUCACGCUUUUGCAGGCAGUUUGGUGCUCAACAACCAAUGCAGCUAACAGACGACGACGAAGAUUUUAUAUCUUAUAUGCACCCCCCGCAUCAAUGGCUGCAAAUUUUUUUCUAG